UGCGUAAACGUUUAAAACGGCAAAUAUCGCUGGAAAAAUUGUAAAAUACGUGUUUACAAAUUGCUGCGUCGGCAGCGAAGAUCCGAAGAUCUCCACCAAAAGUAAUGAAACGAACCGAGUGAAAAUUAAAGAAGUGACGUUUGCACUGUGUCUAAACUCUAAACUGAAACUCUGAAGCUUAACUGAAUAAAUAUAUAUGUGUUUGUAUGCACAUCUAUCGCAUGUGGAAUAAGAUGAAAAAGAUGCUGUGAUGGCGAAAAUGGCAUCUGGUGACCUCUCGCUGACCAGCACAAGCAGUCAAGAGGAGGAAAGUUCCGAGUAUGUCGGCUACGAUAGCACAUUGCGACCGCCUUCGAAUUCCAGCGGCAGCACAACGGCCGCCAAUAUGGCGAACAACAAUGGACCCACCAAGGUGGUCAGCAGCGGGGGUGGAGGCGGCGUCGGCGGCGGUGGAGGAGGCGUCGGAGGAGGUGGGGUUCCGACAAAUGCCAAGAAAUUUGAACUGUUGCAAUCACAGUACGAAUCCGCAAUGCUGGAGCUGAGCACAUUGCGGCAUCAGCAUUCGAGUUCGGAGCGUCGUUGCGAUGAGUUGGCCACCCAAUUGAAUAUCUAUCAGGAGCACUACAUGGCCGAUCGCAGCAAAUUCACGGACAUUGUGGCGGAGAGUACGCGACUCAAGCACAAACUAAUGCUGCUCGAGAGCCAAAACAAUGGCAAUCCUCCAGCUGCACAGAGCACAACGACUGCUAACAACAAUCCCUUCUACUAUGGGAAAAUGCCAACGCCUUGCGAUGGCAGCUGCAGCAGCAGCGAGAAGCUAACCGAGCUGAAAAAGGAACGCAAUCUGAUUGCCAUGGAACGGGAGAAAUAUAAGAAAUCCUACAUUGAGUUGGAAAAGGAGCGUAGCUUCUAUCGUGAUCGUGGCGAUGAGAAUCAAACGCUUAAAGUUCUCCUCUCCAAGGAGACCAAACAUGUGGUCUCGCUGACCGAGGAACUGAAUCAGUUGCUGUCCGAGAAGGACAAUGUACUGCAGGAGCAUCAAAAGAUGUCCGAUGAUCUGGCGUUGGCAAACAAAGAAAUCGAACGUCUCAAAAAGGAUGAGUUGGUUUACAAAACGGAACUGAAAUCGCUGCAACUGGCAAAUGCGGAGCACAAGAAACGUGAUCUGCUCAAGUCAAGGGAGAGCAGCUGGUCCAAGGAGUUCAAUAGCAGCGAUACCAGCAAAGAGGAUCUCGACAAGCUGCGCAAGAGCCUGGACAAGGCCCAAUCGGAGGUGGCGCGUGCCCAGCAAGAUGCCGAGGAGGCGAAAAGUGUACGCGAUUGGGCCAUCUCACAACGUGAGAAGAUCGUCCAGGAGCGCGAUUCGGUGAAGACGCUCUGUGAUAACCUGCGCAAGGAGCGCGACAAGGCCAUCUCGGAUCUAUUGAUGGCCAUACGCGACAGCGAGAAGAUCAAGAAGCAAAAGGACGAAGCCCAGCGCAAAAUCGAUGCGCUCAAAGAGCAGCUCGAGAACCAGACAGCAACAACAGCAACAACAACAUCAACAAUUGCCACCUCGGACACAGCAUCGAGGCGCAGCUUUCGCUUGAGCUGCUUUGAGAGUGGCGCCGAUCUCUUGGAGAUUGAGUUGUGCAACUAUCACGAGACUGCCGAUCUGGGCAUCAUACUCGACGACAGCAACAGGCGCCAGUUGGUUUGUGGCGUCACCAAUAGUUCGCCAGCGUGUGGCAAACUGAAAAUCAACGAUUUCAUUUGCAAGGUGAACAAUCUGGAGUGCGAGGGCGUCUCCAAGCGUAUGGUGCUCGACGAGAUCCGUGCGUGUGCGCCACGCUGCCAGCUGCUCGUCUCGCGCACUCGCCACAGCAAACGGCACUCGUAUGCCGUCCAGCUGAAGACGAACAGUCGGGAUGCCAUUGGACUCCAGCUGGAUAUGGGUGUAUUCAUUGCGAAGAUUGAGCCCAAUUCGUUGGCCUUCUACGAGCCCGAAUUGGAUGUGGGGGAUCGUGUGCUGAGCAUUAAUAACAAAUCCAUGGAUUCGUUGCAAUCCAUCGAUGAGGUGAUGCAGUUGCUCAACAGCGACACCAUCAGCAUUUUUGCAUUGAAAUAUGUACCCGAGUCGGAUGGUGGAGGAGUGCAGCAUUGUCGCAUGACCAGCUCAUCGGCACAGACGGACAGCUCCAUUGAUUCGAUGCAGCACUUGAAUAGCAGCAGUGGUGUCGCCAGCUCCAUUGGCACCACCUCCAACACCACAACGAGCAAUAAUAAUAAUAAUAGCGGUGCCGCCAAGCAUCCCUCGAAAUUUGCCGAUUUUUUGCGCAAACUCAAGUUUAGUAAGCCGGGUACGGCGGAUGAUAGUUUCGAGCAGGAGCACGAUGUGGCCAUUGCUGCGCUGGAUUCGGUGCUGAGCGAGAAUAGCUCCGAGAAGAGCAAAGAGAAUCUCUUCAAGCGUCAUAAGCGUGGCAAGAAAGGUGAAAAGGAGGCCAAAACAAUGGGCACCUGGCCACGCACCAAUAUCUCCCAUGACAAUCCCACUGGGACCAUCGUUCAGCGUGGCGGCGAAAAGAAACGUGCUCUGAUGUCCCUCUUCACGGCCGGCCCCAUCAAUGUCGAUAAGGAUGAUGAUGUUGUCGAUCCGUUGGAGUCGUCGAAACAGCCACAAUUGCAGCUGCAGGAUUUGCCGCCGCCUCCGUUGCCGCCGCAGCUGUCCAAGCCACGCAAUCUAAAUGGCGGUGGUGGUGCUGCUACUGUUGGAGGUGGUGUUGGUGGUGGUGGUGCAAUUAAAACGCAUCCGAAUCGCAAUUCGAAUCCGGUUGGCAACGUUGUCGCCUCCACACUCUUUCAACCGGGGAAUGUCACCUAUCCGCGGCAUUCGCUGUACGGCGGCGUCCUAUCCACACCGGAUGACAGCAACAAGCGCAGUGCACCACUGAUGGGCGCCAUUGCGCGUGUCAAGCUGCAUGGUCAGCAGGAGCGCAAUGUGGGCGGCACCGGACGCAAUCAUAAUCCGCAUCGUUUCUCCUUGAAUAUACCGGCAAGUGGCGGGGAUUUCUAUCAGCCGAAGACGACGGGUCAGCAGGCCCAGCAGCAGGUGGUGCCAGCCAUUGCUGCCGGUGAAUUUCCCGUUUCGCGCAAACAGCAAAUGUUCGAUAUGUUUCAGCAGCCGACACAGGCACCGCUCUCAGCAGCACCUGCACUGCCGCCCACAGCAGCAGCAACAGCAGGUGUAGCAGGAGCAGCUGGUGGAGCACCACCUUUGCCACUGCCCAAAAUGAAUGCUAUUUUUAUGCCACUGCAUCCACCGCCACGUCUGUCAGCGGGCAAUGGUUCGGCUGGUUCCGGUUCGGGUUCCGGCAAUCCCGUCGACAUCAUCUCAUUGAAAUCCCAAAACUCCAUCGAGUCCAUGCUGUCGACAAAGAGUCCGCCGCCCCACAACGAUUGCAAUCUGAUGGUGUAUCCAAAGCGCAGUGUGAUGCCACCGAUGUCGAUGCCAAUGCCGCCCAAACAUGUGCCCAAAUAUCCCAGCGAUAGUGAGAGCAUUGGUUCCAUGACCAUCAUUGGCACCGGUCACAACUAUUUGCCGCCCACGCAUCUCUCACAUUUGGUCAGUCACCCGGUGGGCAAUAAUCGGCAUACGCAGCUCUUUCCCAGUUAUCCGCCCAGCACGCAUGCCAUGCGCUAUAUGCGUCGCUCGAGUCCGCUGACUCUGCCCUCGCCACCCACAACCCAAGCCGUCGAGAGCAAUAGCAACAGCAGCAGCAUUGGCAUACCAACCGAUCUGGUCUAUAUGCCGACGAGCAACAAUCAGCAGCAACAGCAGCAGCAUCCGUUGGCGCAUCAACCGCUCGGACAUCAUCAGCAUCAGCAUCAGAUGCAGCAGCAACAGCAUCAUCAUCAACAUCCGCCCUACAUGGACUACAAUCAGUCGCAGUCGCAGCAGUCCCAACAUUAUCCUUAUAGUCUUUCGGCAGCGGGUCCUGGCAAUGGUGUCAUCUAUGAGGGCGGCACAUUUCCACGCAAGAAGGACAAUCAACGUUUGCGUAUUCCAUCCAAUCCGAGCGUGGCCAGCAAUCGACAGAACAGCAGCAGUCUGGUCAAGAACAGUUCCGGCUCCAUUGAUCAUCAUUAUGGUGGCAAUUCCGCACAUAAUCCAAUGAUGAGCACAUCGCUGCACACCACCAACUAUGGUGGUGGUGGCGGCAAUAUGAGCAGCAUUAAUGGCAGUGGCAACGGUGGUUGCGUGGGUGCUGGUGGCGGUGGUGGUGGUGGUGGUGGCAGUGGCCGUGGCUCACCGAUGCCCCAGGUGCAUGUGGAGGUGCUGAGUCAUGGCCAGGUGCCAAGUGGCAGCGGCAAACGAAAUUCGAAUGUGGCAACGGAUUUUCUAUGCCCUGGAGACCUUAGAAGAGUCACGAUCGAUAAGCGCGACAAGUCGCUGGGCAUUACCAUACAGUGCAACAAGAAUGGCGGCGGCAUCUUUGUGUCCACGGUGGCGGACAAGAGUACCGCGAUGCGUGCCGGUCUCCAGGUGGGCGAUCAACUCUUGGAAGUCUGCGGCAUCAACAUGCGUGCCGCCACCAAUGAAAUUGCCGCAAAUGUGCUGCGCCAAUGCGGCGAUUCAUUCACAAUGCUCGUGCAGUACAAUCCAGAGAAGUUUCACUCAACCGAGUACGAAGGCAUCCACAAUCUGGAACCAGAAUCUCCCCUCAAUCAUUCGGGGUCGCCAACGCCCCGCAAUUCGCCGCGACCGCCGUUGCGCAGUGUUCAAGCGACGCUGCCAAUGCAACCGAUGCAGACGCUCUCGUUGCUGCCAUCUGCGGGAACUGUGACACGGGCGCCACUCUCACAUCAGUCGAUCAAGGAUCAGAGCUUUACGGACAGCCUGGAGAAUCAAUCGGACAUUAGCAGUAGCCAGGACAUGCCAUCCUCAGCGGCGACAACGACAACAACAACGGCAUCUGCCGCGUCAACGGUCUACGAUGAGGAUGCCAAACUGACGCUGCCCUCGGCGCCGGCAACGGUGGCCGCAGAGUCUCUACGCUUUGUGACGCUGCACAUGGAUAAGUCCAAGAAUCUGGGCAUUAAGCUGUUUGGCGGCAACAAGGUCGGGAUCUAUGUGCAUGAUGUGGCGCCUGGUUCGCCAUCGGAUCAUGCCGGCAUACGCAAGGGUGAUCUCAUACUGGAGUACAAUGGUGUCGAUCUGAGCGGUGUUACCGCCGAGCAGGCAGCCAAUGAGAUCUCCAAGCUCACCGACACGGUUUCAAUGCUCGUCCAGAACAAGUUACAAACACUCAAGCAAAUCAAGGAUAAGCCUGGCGAUUCGUUCUAUGUGCGUGUGGGGUUUGAUCGCUUCGGUGAGCUGAACGAGGAGGAUUUGCGUUUCGUCAAGGAUGAGGUGCUCUACGUGGAUAACACGGUGUUCAAUGGCACGUUUGGUCUGUGGCGUGCCUGGAAACUGGAUUCGAUGGGACAUCGCAAGGAGUGCGGCGUUAUCCCAAGUCAAAUGAAAGUGGAGGAGGAGAUGCGUUCGGGCGAGGUAGUCGACUGUGAUACGGGCACUGCGCGACGUGGCAGCACUUCGGCGCGACGUUCAUUUUUUCGCCGAAAGAAGAACCAGCGCAGCUCCUCGCGUGACUCCACGGAAAUAGCGAGCUUCAGCAAUACGCAGCUGAGUUUCUUUCCGGACUCGGGCAUUCUCAACGAUGAUGGCGGCGUCUUGAGCUAUCAGCGUGUAGAGCUCUUAGACUCGCCAAUACGUCGACCCGUGCUAAUCAUUGGACCGCUCUCCGAAUGCUUAAUAGAUCGUUUAAAGAUUGAUUUUUCUAAUUUGUUUAAGUUGUGCGAGGUAACAGCGAUGGAUUGCUCCCAAGACGCCAUGGAGGAGGGCCUCAAGGAGAACAUAUUUGUCGAUUAUCGGCGACGUGGCAACAAAUUCGAAUGCACCACCGUCGAAGCCAUCAGCAAUGCGUGCAAAAUUGAUCGGCGCCACUGCAUACUGGAUGUGUCGAUCUCAGCCGUAGAGCGAUUGCAACGUUUGCAAAUCUAUCCGAUUGUGCUGCUGCUACGCUUCAAGUCGGCCAAGCAAAUUCGCGAUAUUCGCGACUUUGGCACCGACAAAAUAUCAGCCAAAGCUGCCAAGGAGAUGUACGAGCGCGCUCUCAAACUGGAGUUCGAUUACAAACAGUAUAUAUCCGCCGUUAUACCUGGCGUCAGCAUCAAGCAUAUGUGCACUCAGAUCAAGGACGCCGUCGACAAGGAGCAGGAUAAAUUACUUUGGGUGCCUGUUACUAAUGGUUAGCACAAUUCGACGAGAUUUACGAUAUUUUUCUAGUUUUUAGUUGCUACUCUGUGCAGCUACGCAUAUUAAAUUAAAUGCGUAUUAAUAUUAUUUAGGUUUUGUAUUCGUUUCGCUUAACGCAGAGUAUUCAAUGUCGUCUAUGCUAAGCACAAUAUAUACUUAUACCUAUUAUGUUGGCAUAUUUAGGACGGCGUAUUUUCUGUAUGUUUGUUUAAUGUCUCUUACAUUUAAUUUAUAUACAAUAUUUGUGGAAGGUAUUGGUCUGUACGUGGAUUUGAAAAAUUCUCAAUGUAAAGUGUUAGUCCCGUUUUUUAUUAUUCAGUCAAUGACUUGAUACUUCCAGUUCAAUUAUUAUGAAUAUAUAUAUAAAUGCAUAUUUAUAACUAAAUUAUUUAUACACUUCAACACAUUUCAUCAAAUUGUGUGGCAAUAGAAAUUUUUUGGCUUUAUACGGUUGCAACUGUAAUUGUGUUUACUUAAUGGCAAUAUUUAAAUAAUUUGUUUAUUAUUCUUCAAAAUUGUCGUUCUCAAACUGAAAAACAUAUCUAAAACAAAGUGUCUUUUAUGAAAAGAAACAAAACAAGAGAAGAAAACCACUAAAAGUAUAAAAAAGAGUCGAGGUGUAUUUAUGCAAUAUACAAAAAAAUCUUUAUUUGAUGAACAAAGUGGGUAUUGAAAAAAAUGCUAUUACUAUAUAUAUAUAUGCUAUAUUAGCCUUAAAAUAUCUAAAUGUUAAAUCUGAUACGAAUGCCUUUAGCAUUAAUCAAAUUAUAUAAUGCAAAUUUACACAACAGCAAAAGAUGAAUGAGUUAAUUAUGAACGUAUUAAAUACAU